AGCAGCAACUGUCAUUCAGAGUGAGGACGUGAUGGAGGAGACGGAGCAGCCGCUGGAAAACACCAAGUGAAACGUUGCGAAAAAAAGUGUCGAAAAGUAACUUUUAAACUUUGCCCCGCGAUGCUCGCAGCCCGCGGCGGGACGUGACCGAGCCUGAACGAGAAGCAGUGACUCCGGCAGCUCGUCUCUCUUCCUGCUCCGGGGAAUUACAGCCAGUUUCGGAGGAUGUCCGCCCCCAGCAACUCGCUCCCGCAGGCGAGGGUGAGGCGCAGCAAUGCGGGCUCUCCGGGCGGAGGAGGCGGCGGCGGCGGCGGCGGCAGCUGCCGGCUGCACCCCCUCCGUGCCACCGUGCCCUACCAGCUCCUGCGUGCGGGUCAGAGCAGCCCGACGCGGGCGCAGACCCUCCACGGAGGGGCCACGACCAGCCGGGGCUCCAGCACCCCCUCCAGCCCGACACUCAGUCCAGGAAGCGCAAAGACAAGACUGUCCCCGGAAAACAGGGACUCCUCCUGUCCCCCUGACUCUCCUGUCUCCAGAGCAGAAAGGUCCAAGGUGCAGGUUCGGAGUUCCAGUGCCAUCCGGCGGACAUCUUCCCUGGAUGCCAUCACAGGGCCUUACCUCACAGGCCAAUGGCCUCGGGACUCGCAUGGACCAUACGCUUCCUGUAUGAAAGACAAAGCCACACAGACUCCAGGUCUCUGGAACGAUGAAGGAGCAGAGCAGGGAAGUCCUCACCAGCGGUCGGCCUCCUGGGGCAGCGCGGACCACCUCAAAGAGCAGAUUGCUAAACUACGACUGCAGCUGCAGCGCAGCAAGCAGGUCGGCCGGCAGAGUAAAGACAGGGAGCAGAGCUCGCUGCACAACACGGCAUGCCAACCUCAGUACAAGGGACCUUCGUCAGCCAUGUCGACGAUCCCGGUGCCAAAAUCCUUCAUAUGCCGAGUCCCGAGCAGCGUGGAGGGCAUCAACCACGAGCUAGAAAAUGUAUUUAUCAGAGACGACUGGGAGCAGAGGAUACAGGCCAUGGACGCAGUGGAUGGCCGUCGGCCCCCUUUCCCUCCGCACCGCUACAGCAACGGCGGGGACACACGCGACACCGACACACAGGCGCCUUCAAGCGGCGACUCCAGCCCGUCGCCCCGCCCCUGCAGCUCUGAGCACCUCCACUCCCCCGAUGGAAGCCCCUGUUCUGCAGAGGAAAUCGACAAAGACGGAGUUUGCAGUUCUCCUCUCCCCAAGUUCGCCACUUCUCCCAAACCUAACAACAGCUACAUGUUUAAACGUGAACCUCCAGAGGGCUGUGAGAAGGUCAAAGUGUUCGACGAGUUUGUGUCUGGCAAAUCAAAAGGCUUCCCUCUCUUCUCCUGCCCGGACAAAAACAAGGUGAACUUCAUUCCCAGGGGCUCGGCCUUCUGCCCCGUCAAACUCCUCUGCUCCUCCCUCUUCUCCCCCGUUUCUCCCUUGUCCUGCUCCUCGGCCAACGCCGGCCUCCAUGGCAAUGAGAACGCCGGGCCGCUGGUGACCCCGACUCUGCCCACUGCACCACUACCUACCUUUCCGGCCUCCGCUGACCGGAGCAUCGACAAAAGCACAGGCGUAAACACAGACAGCAACAGCACAGACAACAGCACAGACGGCCCGAGCCCCGACGCAGAUGCGGGGAAAGACGGCUCAGCACAAGUUCUGCUCACCAGCUAGUCCUCAGGUGUUCGUGACCAAACCACCCACAGAGAAAACGUUUCAACUGGUCGGGUGGUUUGGUUUAAACAAAAAAAUAAAAAUGAAACGAAAAAGAUGAAAACAUACAAAAAAAAAUCCUUGCACUCCGUUAAUCCUAACAUUAGCCAGCAGGGAGUGCCCAAGGUCUAGAAAAGACACAAGCGUACAGAUAAUGGUCCCAACAUCCCGCUGCACAAGCGUCUCUGCUCGGUGUCAACUUGUCUCGGUCGUUGUCUCUCAGACUUUAGAGUGAGUGUUGACCUUGGGCACAGCCUCAUCGUAUCCAUCACUAACUUAGCCUUCUCCUCUUUACCCCCCCGAUACCACCCGUAACAAAUAUAGCUUUGCUUUCUUUUUGCAAAAAAAAAAAAAAUAGGGAUGACUGCUCAAAAUUAUUGUUACAUAGCACUGGCAGUUGAAAUAAAAAAAAAUCCAAAACUUUGACAAGAGACAACGAUGGGAUAUCACAAACACAGUCUACUCAUGUUAUCUAAUCAGCUUAUUGGCUGUUAAGUGUUCAGCGAGCUUACGUUCACAUAUAUAAGCUUUUUGACAGGAUGGGAUGGUUUUUUUUGUUUCAUAUACAGUAUUUAACAUAUCGGGACGUCUCGCAGUCCCAGUUCACUCUCUCCCACUUUAACCACAGUGUUUGCACUUGUUAGGAGCUGGUGUCAGAAAGAAACAGAAAGUCUUUGCAGCCCGGUGUCGGUGUGAGACCCUCAGGCGAUGGAGUGCAGGCUCCACCCGACACAGGACUUUGAUCCGCGUUAGUCUGAUCACUAUAAAACCUCGGUUCAACACGACUUCAGCUGGUUUUUCAGAGACCAAAUAACCAGUUACAAAGCACACAACAACCCCCCCUCCGUUGCCUUGUUGUAUUGCCCCACGCUCCCCACGAACAAUAACUCAGGUCAUGUGGAAUGUACUUGCUUGGACUAAGUUGCCUUUUUCCAAGUGUUUAUAACUUUCUCUGACAGAAAUAUUUUAUUUUUUUCUCCCCCCCGGAGAAGGACGUUAUGACAGAGACUGAAUCCGAUGGUUGGACGUCACAGUUUGUUGACGCGUGGCUUUUUUUGCAUGAACCUGUUCAGGAGUUUUCAGGUGCUAUGACACAUUCCAGAGGGUCAACAGUCGGCCCUCGUGUAAAUGGAACUAGCUAAAUAAGCUACACCUUUCCAAAUUGAGAAGUCAACAAUUCUAUUGUUUGUUUUUUGCCCCUUUUUUUUGUAAGAAAUGUACCAAAGUUUACUUUCAAAAACAGUGAAAGGCCCGUCGUGUAUUUGGGACACGCGAGGCUCCAUUUUGUGCAAGAGACCGAAUGUUAGUGUGUUUGUUUUGUUUUCUACACACUUCAGCGACACAUAAACACUGGUUGACGUUGUUUGAAACACAGGGGGUGAUAGUUAAACCAAGCCUCAGCACUUACUUUGUGAGUGAGAUGAUAUUCACUGCUUUUAUUUUGGACCAAUUUGUGAGUUAAAACAAUCAGAACUUGAGUGUGCAAUUGAUUUAUUUUAUUACGUACUGUAAACGUACACUAACAUAUAUUUUGUGUAACACAGUUCGGCUCAAGAUACACACCGCGGCAGAUGUUCCCUGAUGUUACCUGCACAUGUUGUAUCACUAGAACAUAUUUUUAAAAAAAACCUGAGUGAUUUCGAGCAGGUUAACCUUGAAUGGAUUUAACUAUGAAAUGUUUCAUUCCAAAACGCUGGUCUAUCUUUUCCACUUGCACACAGAAUCAAAUAUGAACAACAUAUGCAACACAUUCCUCACAGAAUAAGUUGAAGUUCUCUGUUCUGCUCUCGGCUCCAUGAGUUUUCAAUCGUACUCAAAAACUAAUUCUAUUCGCAAGCUCAUUGUGCGCUGCAGCAAAGAGAUGGUUGCCAUGUCCGGCAGCGAUAAUUCAGUUUUCCUGUGUAUUACGCAUUUUUAUGUAGAAACUUGUGUGUUUUUCAAUAAAGAAAACAGAAAAAGUCA